AUCUACUCCUCCUCCGGCUUCGACCUCCUUUCCCUCCUCGCCCGCGUCGUCCACCGGCCCAACCCGUCCAUCACGCUCGGCCCCGUCGACCUCACCUGCGCCUUCACCGUCGUCGACACCCGUCGCUUCGAUCAGCGCAUCAUAUAUGCCUCGCCUACCUUCCUCCAGCUCACCGGCUACCCCGAAGCCGACGUCGUCGGCAGGAACUGCCGCUUUCUCCAGGCCCCGGGAGGCAACAUCCAGCCCGCCGACGAGCGCAAGUGGACGAGCCCCGAGAGCGUGCGCACGGUGCACAAGGCCCUCGCCGCCGGCAAAGAGUGCCAGGUGUCGCUCAUCAAUUACAAAAGGGGCGGCCACGCGUUCGUCAACCUCGUCUCCCUUAUCCCCGUC